ACCACAGUACAGGUUUAGUCUUCAUUAAUUAAAAAACAAUUUUGGGACCUGUGUUUCCAUAGUCUUUUCUUUUACCAGCUUUGUUCUGUAAUAGUAAAUUCCGAAAGUUAAAUGUAUUUUAGCGAUACGACCGUGGAAGUUUAGAGGUGGCGCUAUACAAUGUUUAUCAAAGUAGCCAUCUUGAGUGUCGUCCCCUGCAAAUAUGGAGUCGUUCCAGUCAAAUUCCGCUUAUGUGUAGUUUUUCCUGCAAUUGUCUACUAAACAUUAGAAAUGCCGAAAACUUGUUCAGCCUAUGGGUGCUCAAAUCGAUGGGAACAAAAUUGCAAGCUAAGCUUCCAUCGCUUUCCCAAAAACCAGAAAAGAAGAGAGCUAUGGACUCGAGCAAUUGCACGACAGGGUUGGAUACCCACUGAAAACAGCACGUUGUGCGGAGGACACUUCGUAUCAGGGAAGGCUGCACAGGACUGGGAUACCAAAAGUCCUGAUUGGGUUCCAAGUGUAUUUAAUGUUAUAUCAAAAGUUUCAAGCAUGCCCAAUGAUGUUGAUUCCAAACAGCAGCCAAACAAAGAUGCAGGGACUCGGUGCAUGAAACUACCAGACAUAAAAAUUGGCAAGGAAAAGAGUUUACGGUAUUUGAGGAUCUGCUGCCCAUUAUUAGAUGUUGUGUCUGCUGAAAAAUUGGAUGGUUUGUUAAAGGACAAUGAUUCUUUAUAUCUGUUCCUGGGCUCUGAUGUGUUGCACGGUUCAUCAGUUUGCACAGUGCACCAUCCCAGAACACAUGCAAGGUUUGCAAAAAGGGGGUUUGCUUGCAAACUUCACUUUUCGAAAAAUGUGAAGAUAAACGGAGUACAUGGAAUUUCCCACGGCAUAUGGUUCUACACCAUUCAAGGUGUAUUUCGUGUCCUCUUUGAGUUGCAUGACCGCUCAACCCAAUAUCACUGUAUGAAAGAACUACAGGAAUUAUGGUUAGCAAGCUUUGCUGAUAGAAUUGUUCCUGAAUCAUUAACAGUUACAUUUGAAGUUGAGGAAACUAGUAGCACACCAAAAGAUGACUUGUUAAGUAGAUAUGUCAAUGACGAACACACAUACUCAAAACAGUCAUUUAACCAAAUUUACAAUGAAGUUGAAGACAGCCAGCACAAAGAUUUUUCAUGGACUACAACUAGUUCUGAAUCUGAGAACACAGAUUCUGCUUGUGAUAUUGGAAACAAGAAUGCUAGUUAUGAAGCUAUGGCUACUCACAAAGGAGCAUGUAAUACUAUUUCAACAUCUAAGCACAUCCAAGUGGUCAAAGGUCACAAUUCUAGUGCGGAAUAUCAGUAUAAUAAACAGGAAAUUGAAGAUGAACAUUUUGAUUUGGAAUACUGUUCAGGAAAGAGUUUGACUGGGAUCAAGGAACUGUUAGAAAAUAUUACCAAGCAAAUUAGUCAUUUAGAUGGCAAUAGUGUCUCUUGUCUUCCACUCUAUCCUUUAAAGCUUUUGACAGAAUGUAUACACCAUGCCAGGACAAGCCAGUUGUCAGAGCAGGUUUGUAGGGAUAACAUGUUCGAGUUCAUGCUCAACUCUGUAUGCAGGUGGCUUGGAAUUGAAUUCAAUCACCUCAUUCCAAAUGUGCUUCAAAAGGCUGAUGAAUUCAAGAGCAGACACAUUGAAAGUAUUGAAAAUCUGCCAUCUGCUGGAGAGGUUGUGACUGAGAUCUUCCACUCAGCCAUGGAAACACUGCUUGUAAAUUGGAUGGGGAUCCAUUCCAAUCAGACAAAGACAUACACUGAUGCAAUCCAACAGAAUGAUUCAAGUCAGGAUGAAAUAUGCUCUUCUAGGGACUCUGUCCAAACAAACACAGACCUAAAUACUGGUUCAGAGAGGUCAUUGCAGGACAUGACAGACAUUGAAGAGGGAAGCCCAAGUUUAUUAAAACUUUAUCCACUAAUUCAACUCAUUCUUGAAUUGGCAAACCAGACACUUAUCUCUGGCAUGGCACAUGUUGUGUUUGCUCGUCUGGCUCAACAGGAAACAGUCAUGCAGUAAGGAUGUCUAGCCCAGACAUCCAGACAUUCGAGCUUUGAGGCCGAGAUACAUUAUUCCUGGACCAUGUUCCAGUCAAUUGUGUCAUUCUGUUAUGUUCUAUGGCACAUUAAUCUAACAAAGAAAUUGCAAGUACCUGUAAAAUAAAUAAAAUCACCAAGUUGUACAAUAUAUUAUAAUAAGUUAAUUAAUGUGUACUGUAUGUUGAACCUUUGGAAAAAGAAUUUCAUGUAACCUCAUUAUUGCCCAUCACCCACAGUACAAUAAUUUUUCACUAGCGGAAAGUUCUUAUACACAGGUUAAACUUAAUGCAUUCAAAAAUUUCCUUCUGGCCUUGCAGGCCCUUUUUCAAGCAAUAAAUCUAACCUGUGUAUAAUAAUUUUCUGCUAGCGUACUAUGUGCAGCUCUACUAAUUGCUUAUUAUUAGUUCUGGCAUUAAUUCAUCAAUGUAAACAGAGCUGAUGCUCUCAUUCUGAAGAUAUUUAAUCUGAAUCAUGUAAUAUUGCAUAUUUCAUUCCAUCAACAUUUGGUGCACAAAUUGCACACCAAGUGCUGUUUCGUUGGAAAAUUUCUAUUAUUAUUGCAAAGCAUGCUUUAAUUUUGUUUAAAUCCCAAAUACAAUGAAGAUUGAAUUUUCUUGUGUGAUAACAAAUUUCGAAUAUCAAUCAAAUACUGUACAUUAUUUUCAUUGUAUGGCAAAAGCAAAGAGUAAUGUAACUAAUACAUAUGGCCCAGUUCUAUGAACAUGUUUGCAAUGUGUCUGGACAACCAGAAAUUGAAUAGUGCUGCUGUGGUUGGCAAAAAUGCAAUAGACGCAUCAUAAAUAUUAGUAAGGCCAACAAUAAUUAUAACAACUCAAAAAUGACGGAUCCAGGAAUUCAAAAGAGGUGACCCAGAGAGGGACUUUCACAGAAUUGAAAACCCCUCACCUGAGCCCCACCAUAGUCGGGGCUGAGGUAAAAGGGCACCUCUUGAUGGCCGGAAAUUACACUCUUGGACUUAAAUUUCGCCACUGCUCAAAACAUUCUGUAUCCAAAAUAGUCAUAAUCACGAAAAACCAACCACAUUCUAAAUACAAAUUUAUGGUCCCUCACCUAGCAGUCACCAAGACAUACUGUACUCAGGUGCCGACACGAUGGAGUUCAAUGUCACCCAGGGAAGGGCGCAAAUCUAUUUUGGAAGGUGGACAGGGACAUUUGGAGAGUCCACACGCACCCCAGACCCUCCAUGAUUGUGGCCAAGGUGCAAAAUUUGAGGAAAUACAUCAAGAUGGCCAGAAAUGACACUUUCAUCACCAUCACAUCACCAUUAUAUAGGCCUAUAGUCAAAAUGAAGCGCCAACAAAUUUUUGCAUGAUCUUUUUCGGCAACCAAGGCCUAACUAUAGCUUACUAAGCUUUAACUACACUAAUAACUACUGUAUAAUCAACAAAUCACUACCGUCUUUUUUGCCUUUAGCACAAUUUUAAUAUUACUGUACUAUCAUCGCCAAUCAUCUCUGUCAUCAUCAAUAUCAUAUCUGUCUUUAAUAUUAUUACUACUACAAAACUACAGAAAGACCUGGCCUGGAAUUUAUGAUUUAGAUGAGUUCAAGCUGAUUUUUUUUUUAAGUUUGAUAAAUCCACACCCCUGUGUGGUAGCUGUUAUAAACCCAAAAUAUAAUUUUUGCAUUAUUGUGUAUAGUAAAAAAUUGACUAAUCUAACAAAUAUUCCACUGGGUGACUAUCAUGUUAGCCAAUCUCUAUCAGAGCAAUUAGAAAUUGUACAGCAUUUUGAACUCCAAACCCUGUUUUGUUUUAAUUUGUUAUUGCAACAAAAUUGACACGCCGUCUUCGGAGUUUACUAUCACAUAGCGUAGGACAGCAAAAUGAUUUAUAACAUGUUCAAUUUGUAUUUGCAAGUUGCGUACAAAAAAAUCACGCUUAGGGCUAAGUUUUAUAAUUAUAGUAGGCCUAUUAGGCAUAUGUAUAACGUGUGCUGAUGCAUAUUUAGAUAUAUUUUUUGAGUGAUCCCAGAAAAGAUUUUGUACUGGCUGGCAUGAACAAGCUUUAAAAUUACAAGUGGGUACCUGGAAGGUUGAAAAACCAAAUGCACCGAUUACAGCUGCAACAUGCUACUAUCCCUUGAGACCAGACAUGUGCUUGAUCCAAUGACCGCGGGUAAUAAUAUUAUUGCUUCGUUAUUUCACAUAAUACGAUCCAGUUGUACAAAUAUAGGAUAUAGAGAGUAUAAUGAUGGUUGAAAGCAGUGACGAUGAAAUGAACGCAAUAUAAAAUGGGCUUAUAUGAAAAAGAUCGAUAUUUCUGUUAUUAAAAAGCUCGGAAAUACAAUAGACAGAAUUUAUUGUAAAUGCACAAUACUGUACUGUAUAUUGUACUGUAUUGCUUACGCCUUAGAAAAGUAAUUUUAACUCCUUAGAAAAGAUGCAUGAGGUUUUUGAGACCAACAGGAAUGUCAGGAAACAAAUUCAUAUUUAACAUCAAAAAGAUUUAUUCCACAGUUCUAAUAACAAGAUAUUAGCAUUGGUAAUCCAAGAUAAAACUAAUCCUCUUAAACCCCACCUCACUCUGCGCACUAUACCGCAUUAGCCGCAAUUUUUAUGGCCAUUAUUCCAUCGUGUAAUAUAAAAAAGGGACCUAAAUACAACGAACA